AUGCCAGAGUACCGUGAACUCAUCGCCUCGUUUACGACCAUCUCUCGCUGGCUGGAAGCUAUGCAGACGGCGGGUACCGAGCUCAACCUACAACAAAUCUGGGCAGAUCCUACCAAGAAAGAGCGGAAGAAGUUUGCUGCCCACAGUCCAGCAGCCUCUGGACAGGUCAUUCCCCUGGACCCAAAGUGCAAGUACAAGCGUGGGUCUCAGCAUGCGCAACAACGCAUCUUCCCUCCUCCUCCAUUCUCUGGGCGAGAUCUUGUCCUCCAGUCUGUGGAACGUACGCCAAGAUCGUUGAUUCUGGAUUUCGGUCGCCUGCAUUUCCAGAUACACCUGCAGACGCAUACCAUGGCACAAAUAUACAGCAGGCAGCAAUGGGAUGUUGAGAUUUGCAAAGUUGAUGAAUUUAACCGCGGCUUCAAGAUAGGUGUAGCUUUCGAUUUCGGGCCAUAUGUGCUGGCUUUCCCCACACUUGACAAGAUUUUCACGCCUCAUUGGGCGCCGUCAAGGGAUGAGCUCCCCAUCCGCCAUGCAGAUGUAUAUUCCGACUUUGCUAAAUUUCUUGAAGGAUUAGUUGAGUGGAUGAGGAACCGCUGGGAAAGUGACAGUGUGAACAUGGGUGGACUUGCAAUCAAUGUAGUCCGAGAGGCGGACAUCGUGUUUGGCGGGCUAGGGCUGUCUGUCUUUCUCACUGAAUAUGAAGUCUUCCGGUGUCCGUCGCGUGUUGCACGCCUCUGCGAAGCAUUUUGGACGUUUGCUCGUCGUGGUCAUGAGGACUUAAAGAAAUUGCUCCAGCCAUGCUGGCAUGGGUUCAUCCUCGCUGCGGACCAAAAUCAGCGUCUUCGCUACCUCUCUUGGUUGCACGUGUAUGGGAAACAACGAACCAACCUGUCUGCGAGGUCAAAAGAGUUAUACAAUGAAUACUUAUUGGUACUGGACAGGUACAGCAGCAUGAACGAGGACGUCACCCGCAGUGCGGAAUGUUGUCUCUGGGAUAUCUUUGAGCCUUCCUUCAUUCGACCAGCGAUUCAAGACAAGGAGAUCCAACUUGGCCAUCUCAUUUUUGGUGAGGAAUGGCAGUUCCUGGCAUGGUCGCCUGCCGAGCCCAAGGAUCCCCUGACUGAUGCGCUAGCUGGACUCGAGUUCCCAUCAAAUCUCAUCGGACCGGGCAAAGAACUCUUAGCCAGCAGUAAUAGACCAAGUGCAGAGGUACUGUACUCUGUGGUCCCUGUGGACGAGAUGGAAAAGGAGACUUUCCAAUACACCGUCAUGAAGACCAUGACAGCCGCCCGAGGACCUCUUGAAUAUUGUGGCAUGGCACGCCUAAUUAAGAGGCAAGGUGCGGGGCAGAAGGAACCAAUCGUCUCUGUGUGUCGACUCAGUGAGGCCAUUCCACACUCUUUGCGCAUGCGCGAAAUUGGUGGCAUUGAACGUAUCGGGCGGGACAGGAAGGGCGCCGGCAAGCGAAAGCGAGAGCAUGAGGAUAGCCUCGCGCGUGGUGGAUGGCCUUCCAAGAUCGUCCGCUUUGAUCAGCCUGAGGCAGACAUGCAGGACGUCAAGGAGAACACUGAGGUUGAGGAGCGUCCAAAAAAACGAAGGCGCAGCGCUGACCUCAAAUUAGCCACUGAAGGGAGUAUCUAUUAUGAGGUCCGUAGUACUCGUAGCCGUACGAUCUCUGUUGCGCCGAGUGCAGAUGCAAGGCUUGUGUAG